AUCGCGAAGUCGAGCGUUGUGUUGGAUGUGAAGCCAUGGGAUGACGAGACGGAUAUGAAGGAACUGGAGGCCAAUGUGAGGAAAAUCGAAAUGGACGGACUCGUGUGGGGCGCCUCUAAGUUCGUUCCGUUGGCGUACGGCAUACAGAAGCUGCAGAUCGUGAUCGUCAUCGAAGACGAUAAGGUGUCGGUCGAGGAGUUGACCGAAAAGCUGGAAGCGCUCGAGGACUUUGUUCAGAGCGUAGACAUCGCGGCGUUUAAUAAGAUUUAAUUGUUUUUUGACGGCUUUUAUCGGUUUACUGUUUAUGCGAUUUAUUAAUAAUGAAAAUAAACGACAAAUGAAUUUGUUUUAAA